AUGGCUCCCAACAAGACACGGACAAUCAAGAACAAGCACGCAGGCUCCAAGAGCGGCAGCACAGGCGGCGCCUCCGGAAAAGGCGGCCCCAAGCGCUCCUCCACCGAUGGCGUCUCCAAGUCCAAGUCCAAGUCCAACAAGCCAAAGGGCCCCGUCGUGUCGCAGCAGGUCAAGGAGAAGAACCGCGCGCUGCUGAUGAAGAGGCCCAAGAAGAAGACGUACACGGCGGAAGAGCUGGGGAUCCCGACGCUCAACAUGAUUACGCCCGUGGGCGUCGAGAAGCCCAAGGGCAAGAAGAAGGGCAAGGUGUUUGUGGACGACAAGGAGAGCAUGACGACGAUUUUGUCCCUCGUUCAAGCUGAAAAGGAAGGCCACAUCGAAUCGAAGAUGAUCAAGGCCCGGCAAAUGGAGGAAAUUCGUGAAGCCAGAAGAAUCGAAGCCGAGAAGAAGUCGGCCGAAAAGAAGGCAAAGCUCGAGGACACCAAGGAGUCUCUGCGGAAGAAGCGCAAGAGAAGGAACGACAGCGAUGGUGGCGACAACCUGAAGAGCAUAUCGCAGACGGGCUCGAAAGCCACCAAGGCGUCCAAGAAGAGGGUGUCCUUCGCAUGA